CUGAGAGUGGGUUGCAUAGUCGUCUCAGAUCAAGCCUUUGCUUUGUUAACAGUGACAGCGUUAGUCUAUAAUGAUGAAGACAAGAGAGAUGAAACACUUUGUUCCCACUUGGAGACUGCAUGCAUUUGAGAAGAAGGCUGGCAUGUUUCUGCUGGAUCAAAAAUACUUUCAAACAGUCCACAUUGAUUGACACACCAAACCACCUGUGCGUUCAGAGACGACGUGCAAUCUCAGUUGAGAUCAGCGACUCUCUAAAAUUCACCCUUCAUGUCCUCUGGAAUGAAAUGUCGCAAACAAGUCAGACCACACCUUCAAACCUGACAGAAGGUUACCCCGUGACAAAUCUGACCUUAGUGGUCCUUUUGCUCAUACCCUGUGUGGUCAUUCUGCUCCUGCUGAACUGUUUCUUCCUGGUUUACAAGUUACUGAUCCUGUCAAAGAAGAAGAGCAACAGGCAGGAGCGAGAGGACGCAGAGGAGAUGCUUUUGCAGUCCACCCUGCAGAGAGUCAGAAGAGUAUCCGAUGUGGUUUUCCCCUCGCUGCAGGACGGGAGGAGAGCCUACAUGUCUGUAUCGGAGCCCGUCCUGCCCCAUCCUGUCACCUCCUCCAGGGCUUCAUCCAGGGAGAGGGCCGGGGUGGAUCACAGAAACCGGCUCCUGAGGCCAGAUGGCGCCACCGGCUUAGGGUCCCUGAGGGCGCCGAGCACCAUCCGGGCCACCCCGUCUGCGGCUGGGUUCACCUCGAGACUCGACCUGCCCUCCGGGUCACGGACAUGCAGCAUCAGUAAAACGGGAUGGUGUAAAAGCGCACCAGUUUUACCGCAGUCCAGUGACUCAGAGGCUGAAAUCAGGGUGAACCUUGUUCCGCCAAACUCUCCAACGCAGGAGACAGAACAUGUGGGCCAUCUUCGUCGCAGCAGCACUUACGAUAUGCUGACAGAUGUGAACCCAGGUGCUGCAGUGCACGUGUUUGACAAAGUACACACAGAGUGUGAGUGCAUCAAUCCACCCUUAGAGGCGUCCUGCCUGAACACAUCUGCAGUGGGUCCUGGACUUGACAGCGAUUUUGGUGCAAGUGCAGGUGUCUCCCUGCGGAUUCUGUCGGACAGUGACGGUCUGUCCAACGGUGUUCUGGCUUCAGCCCUGGAGUGGGAUUAUUAUGACCCCUGCUAUGUCAAACAGAAUAAUGUGCCCAAACAUAAACACCACAGACCUGCAGUGCACACCAAACAGUACUGGGUUUAACAUGUUCCAGCUGUCAGUGGUUUUAAUGUUUAUUUAUUUUUAUUACUUAUUUAUUUAAUUUAAAUUAUAUGUGUAUGUUUUACUUUUUGGAAAGACACAGAGUUGUCAUUUAUUUAGUUUGUCUCACUAAUGAUCACUAGUUUAAAUUCACUCAAUUUUUUUAUACAAAUGCACUCUGCCACUGAACUUGUUCAAAUUGUGAAAUAUUUACUGUGCACCUUCACUUAUGCCAUCAUGAAAUAUAUAUUAUGCACUUCUUCACUUAUGUUCAUCUAAAUUAUAGUCACUGUUUCAUGUCAACGGAGGCUGUUCAGCCAGUUCUGGAUUUCAUAAACAUUCACAUUGAUUAACAUUCACUGCUGCUUGAUUUAAAUGUUUUGAUUCACCGUGAAUAAUAAAGUCUAAUUUAUAAUUUA